ACAAAUACCAGAGAGAUGAAUAUAUAUCCUCUGACCAAUUUUAUCUCCAUUCCCAGCCGCAUGUUCUUUGUGGGCAUGUUUUUUAUGAUCUGGCUUGCUUUCCAAUUAUUCUUCAGAGGCGGAAGAGAAGUUUAUCCUUUUGAAGAAGUCAGUGAUACGCAGUACAAGGUGGUGUGUUAUUUGGGAAGCUGGGCCAACUACAGGAAUGGAGAUGGAAAAUUUGUCAUCGAAAACAUCGACCCUCAGCUCUGUACUCACGCCAUUUAUGCCUUCGCUAAGCUGGAAAACAAUCAGAUAACUGUAUUUGAUCCUUACCUUGACUUAAAGGAGAACUAUGGUCUUGGUGGUUAUGACAGAUUCAACAGCUUGAGGCAGAAAAACCCUAACCUGAAAACUCUCAUUGCUAUUGGAGGGUGGAAUGAAGGAUCCGAAAAGUACUCGCGGAUGGCAGCUACUCCUCAGACCAGGGCCACCUUCGUCAAGAGUGCUGUUGACUACUGCUUGAAGUACAAUUUCAGCGGUCUCGACGUGGAUUGGGAGUACCCAGCCCACAGAGGAGGAGCUCCGCAGGAUAAGCAGAACUUCGCCUCCCUUCUCAAGGAACUGAAAGAAGCGUUUACACCUCACGGUCUUGUUCUGUCAGUAGCAGUGUCUGCAGGUAAAAGUACUAUCGACACAGCUUAUGACAUCCCAUCAGUAGCCAAAUACGUGGAUUUCAUCAACGUCAUGACUUAUGACUUCCACGGCUCAUGGGAGAGAAAAACUGGACACAACGCUCCCCUUUAUCCAAUGCCUAAUGCAACUGAAGACGAAAAGACUCUCACUGUAGAUUAUGCCAUUAAAUAUUGGAUAAAGAAUGGAGCUCCUAAAGAAAAGAUCAUCUUGGGUAUGGGUACCUACGGCCGAUCUUACACUUUGGCCAAUGCAGCCAACAACGGAUUGGGUGCACCCGCUACUGGCCCAGGAACGAAAGGACCUUUUACCGCACAGGACGGAAUGCUGGGUUACAAUGAAAUCUGCAGAGACAAAGGAUGGACCGAAGUGUUCGUGCAGCAUGUGGAUGCACCUUACGCAUACAAGGGUAACCAAUGGGUUGGUUACGACAACGCGAAGAGUAUUGGCCUGAAGGUUGACUACAUUAUUAAAGAAGGAAUCGGCGGUGGUAUGAUCUGGUCUCUAGAAACCGACGAUUUCCGAGGAACUUGCGGAAGUGGCAAGUACCCACUGCUUGGCACCAUUGCAUCCAAGUUGAUAGGAGAAACAGUGAUACCCAAUACAGACACUAUCCCACAGCCCGAUCAUAUUACUACACCUGGGUAUGAUUUUGAGUGCAAGAAACAAGGUUAUUUCCGUGAUCCCUCGGAUUGCUCAGUAUACCACUACUGCCAGAGUAAUCAUGGUGGCUUUGCCAGGAAAACCUUGCACUGCCCUGCUGGUCUUGCCUACAGUGAAAAAAUCCGUGUCUGCGACUAUAAGAAGAAAGUUCCAGAAUGUCAUAUCAGUGAUACGCAGUACAAGGUGGUGUGUUAUUUGGGAAGCUGGGCCAACUACAGGAAUGGAGAUGGAAAAUUUGUCAUCGAAAGCAUCGACCCUCAGCUCUGCACUCACGCCAUGUAUGCCUUCGCUAAGCUGGAAAAUAAUCAGAUCACUGUAUUUGAUCCUUAUCUUGACUUAAAGGAGAACUAUGGUCUUGGUGGUUAUGAGAGAUUCAACAACUUGAGGCAGAAAAACCCUAACCUGAAAACUCUCAUUGCUAUUGGAGGGUGGAAUGAAGGAUCCGAAAAGUACUCGCGGAUGGCAGCUACUCCUCAGACCAGGGCCACCUUCGUCAAGAGUGCUGUUGACUUCUGCUUGAAGUACAAUUUCAGCGGUCUCGACGUGGAUUGGGAGUACCCAGCCCAAAGAGGAGGAGCCCCGCAUGAUAAGGAGAACUUCGCCUCCCUUCUCAAGGAACUGAAAGAAGCGUUUACACCUCACGGUCUUGUUCUGUCAGUAGCAGUGUCUGCAGGUAAAAGUACUAUCGACACAGCUUAUGACAUCCCAUCAGUAGCCAAAUACGUGGAUUUCAUCAAUGUCAUGACUUAUGACUUCCACGGUAUGUGGGACAGAAAAACUGGACACAACUGUCCCCUUUAUGCAAUGCCCAAUGCAACUGAAGACGAAAAGAUUCUCACUGUGGAUUAUGCCAUUAAAUAUUGGAUAAAGAAUGGAGCUCCUAAAGAAAAGAUCAUCUUCGGUAUGGGUACCUACGGCAGGUCUUUCACUUUGGCCAAUGCAGCCAACAACGGAUUGGGUGCACCUAUUACUGGCCCAGGAAUGAAAGGACCUUUUACCGCACAGGACGGAAUGCUGGGUUACAAUGAAAUCUGCAGAGACAAGGAAUGGAAAGAAGUGUUCGUGCAGCAUGUGGAUGCACCUUACGCAUACAAGGGUAACCAAUGGGUUGGUUACGACAACGCGAAGAGUAUUGGCCUGAAGGUUGACUACAUUAUUAAAGAAGGAAUCGGCGGUGGUAUGAUCUGGUCUCUGGAAACCGACGAUUUCCGAGGAACUUGCGGAGGUGGCAAGUACCCACUGCUUAGCACCAUUGCAUCCAAGUUGAUAGGAGAAACACUGAUACCCAAUCCAGAGACUACCCCACAGCCCGAUCAUACUACCCCACAUCCCGAUCAUACUACCCCACAUCCCGAUCAUACUACCCCACAGCCCGAUCAUACUACCCCACAGCCCGAUCAUACUACUACACCUGGGUAUGAAUUUGAGUGCAAGAAACAAGGUUAUUUCCGUGAUCCCUCGGAUUGCUCAGUAUUCCACUACUGCCAGAGUAAUCAUGGUGGCUUUGCCAGGAUAACCUUGCACUGCCCUGCUGGUCUUGCCUACAGUGAAAAAAUCCGUGUCUGCGACUAUAAGAAGAAUGUUCCAGAAUGUCGUAAUUCUUUAGAUGGAAAACAGAGAAUGAUUGAUUAUUUGAUUUCGUUUCUCUUUUCCCCUGCUUCGUAUUUUUCUUCAAGGAUGGCUUUCAAAGUAGCGUGUUUGUUGUUUCUGUUGGUAGCAGUUGCAGUUUCUGCCCAAAGCAGAGACCGCAACCAGAAGAAAUACAAGGUGGUUUGCUAUUUGGGAAGUUGGGCCAAUUACAGGGGAGGAGAUGGAAAAUUCCUCAUCGAGCACAUCGAUCCUUACCUCUGCACCCACGUCAUUUACGGUUUCGCCAAACUGGCUAACAACAAGAUCGCCGCAUAUGAUCCUUAUCUGGACUUGAAGGAAAACUGGGGUCUUGGUGCUUUCCAGAGGUUCAAUAACCUGAAGAAGAGCAACCCUCAGCUGAGUACCCUGAUCGCCAUUGGAGGAUGGAAUGAAGGUUCUACCAAAUAUUCCGCUAUGGCAGCUGAUCCAAAUGCCAGGGCUACCUUCGUCAAGAGUGUUGUUGACUUCUGUCUGAAGUACGACUUCGAUGGUCUGGAUAUGGAUUGGGAGUACCCAGCCAACCGAGGAGGAGCUCCACAUGAUAAGCAGAACUUCGUCACCCUUCUCAAGGAACUGAAAGAGGCUUUCGCUCCUCAUGGCCUUCUUCUUUCAGCAGCAGUGUCAGCAGGUAAAAACACCAUCGACACAGCUUACGACAUCCCAGGAGUAGCUAAAUAUCUAGAUUUCAUCAACGUCAUGGCUUACGAUCUCCACGGUUCAUGGGAGAAGACAGCUGGCCACAAUGCUCCCUUGUAUGAAAGGCCCGGCGAGCCUGAAUCAGACAAAAUCCUGAAUGUGGACUAUGCCAUUAAAUACUGGGUACAGAACGGAGCCCCCAAGAACAAGGUCAUCCUGGGUAUGGGCACCUACGGUAGAUCUUUUACUUUAGCCAAUGCCGCUAACAAUGGAUUGGGAGCAACCACUACUGGUCCAGGAAGCGCUGGCCCACUCACCAAGGAGCCCGGAAUGUUGGGAUACAACGAAAUUUGCAAAGACAAAGGAUGGACCGAAGUGUUCGUGGAGAAAGUGGAAGCACCCUACGCAUACAAAGGCAACCAGUGGGUUGGUUACGAUAACGUUAAGAGUAUUGGCAUCAAGGUUGACUACUUGAUCCGAGAAGGACUUGGUGGUGGCAUGAUCUGGUCUCUGGAAACCGACGAUUUCCGAGGAAAUUGCGGAGGAGGCAAAUACCCACUGCUUACUACCAUCGCUUCCAAGUUGAACGGAGACGUUGCCAGACCAACUCCUGAUCCCAGGCAAACCACCAAGACACCAGAUGUUCAGACCACCAGACAGCCUGGCCAAGGAUUCAAGUGCACCAAGGAAGGUUAUUUCCGCGAUCCCUCUAACUGCUCCGUCUUCUACUAUUGCCAGAACCAGGGACAAGGAGAUUUCUCCAAACACACCUACAACUGCGGUGAAGGAUCCGCCUUUGAUGAAAGCACUGGCACUUGCACAUGGAAGGACAAAAUCCCCGGAUGCUCCGAGGGACUGUGUUCAGAUUUUUCUCUGUACGAAACGUACAGAGAAAUGAGUUCUUUGAAAUCUUUCUUGGAAAUGAGAGUUGUUGGGCGACAGGCGAGCAAUGACGACGUAUCUGAGAGGCGUACAUUUUCAUAUGAAAUAAAAAUUGGCAAAACUGAAUUUGAAUAUAAAUACUGUUUAAUCCAGCAGUCAAGGUUUUUACCGGCUUCAAAUUGCAGGUGUAAAAUGGGUUUGAGAUCAGUGUGCAUGUUGUUACUGCUGGUGGCGCUGGCUGCUUCAGCUCCAAGUAGAGAUCGCAACAGCAAAAGAUAUAAAAUUGUGUGCUACUUGGGCAGCUGGGCCAACUACAGGGGAGGAGAAGGGAAGUUUCUCAUUGAAAACAUCGACCCCAACCUGUGCACCCAUCUGAUCUACGGCUUCGCUAAACUGGCUGGCAAUCAGAUCGCUGUCUAUGAUCCUUACCUUGACUUGAAGGAGAACUGGGGUCUUGGUGCCUACCAGAGGUUCAAUAACUUGAAGAAGCAGAAUCCUAACCUAAGUACUCUAAUUGCUAUUGGAGGUUGGAAUGAAGGAUCCACCAAAUACUCGCAGAUGGCAGCAGAUCCAAAUGCCAGGGCCACCUUUGUCAAGAGUGCUGUUGAUUUCUGUCUGAAGUACGACUUCGAUGGUCUGGAUAUGGAUUGGGAAUAUCCAGCCAAUAGAGGAGGAGCAGCAGCUGAUAAACAGAACUUUGUCACCCUUCUUAAGGAAUUGAAAGAAGCCUUUGCACCUCACGGUCUUAUUCUGUCAGCAGCAGUGUCAGCUGGUAAAAAUACGAUCGAUACUGCAUAUGAUAUUCCAGGAGUAUCCAAAUACUUGGAUUUUAUCAACGUGAUGGCCUACGAUCUCCAUGGCUCCUGGGAGAAGACAACCGGUCACAACGCUCCCCUUUAUGAAAGACCUGGAGAAUCAGAAGGAGAUAAAAUACUUAAUGUGAAUUAUGCUAUCAAAUAUUGGAUAGCGAAGGGAGCUCCUAAGAACAAGAUCAUCCUAGGCAUGGGAACUUAUGGUAGGUCUUUCACUUUGGCCAACCCAUCUGAUAAUAAAUUGGGAGCACCGACCACCGGACCUGGAAGAGCCGGACCUCUGACCAAAGAACCAGGAAUGCUUGGAUACAAUGAAAUUUGCAGAGAUAAGGGAUUCACAGAAGUAUUCGUGGAAAAAGUAGAAGCCCCUUAUGCAUACAAUGGCAACCAGUGGGUUGGAUAUGACAACGUUAAGAGCAUUGGCAUCAAGGUGGACUAUUUGAUCCGAGAAGGACUGGGAGGUGGCAUGAUUUGGUCAUUGGAAACAGAUGAUUUCAGAGGAAACUGUGGAGGUGGAAAGUACCCUCUGCUUUCCACCAUCUCUAGAAAAUUGAAUGGUUGAUUUGGAAGGACAGUGUUCUUUACUUCUUGAAACCAAGAAAAGAAAAGGAAAUUGUUACAUGAGAAACAUUUAUUGAUAAUAAAGUUUUAUUUAAAAAAUGUC